AUGUACGCGACACAUUUGCUCAUCCGCCACUACCUUGACAGGGUGGUCCCCAAUUGCCUGGAGCAGCAGGUGGACCACCUGUGGACGCAGGUUCUGCGACUCUACUUUGAGUUGAGCUUGUACGGCAUCGAACGGGAGGCCCAUGUGGCCCAGACCAGCUUGAUUCGUGCCAAUGUCAUUGUCUCUAGAGAAUUCCGCGGACAAUUUUGUCAAUUUCUGUUCAUUGAGAGCAAGCGAGCCCCUCCCGCCAACCGAAUGCCCUCUGAACGAUCGUGGGAUAGGGCUGCAACGCAGCUCGCCAAUUACAUGGCAGCCUCAAAAAGAGACCUGGCGAGGCCAUCAGAUGCCCCCAAACUCUUCGGAAUAGUUGCGAUUGGCCGUUCUGUUCGAUUCUACUCUAUGGCCCAGGGGAGCAGCCGCCUGAUUUCCAUCAACAACACCAUCUACAACUUCGUUCAGGACGCCGAUGAAAUUGAGGAAUUUCUUUUUCAAAUUCGGAGUCGCACGUUAUGA